AUGGGUUGGUCAUUCCACGGCCACAAGAGAGACGUCGACAAGGAAAAGCAUCUCAAGCGCCUGCACAAAACCGUGCCCUGGAUCGAGGACCCUCUCGCCGGCGCCGAUCACGAACAUCUUGUAUUCUCGCAGCGCCACGAAGCGAAUACCGUCGAACUCUUCUUCGAUCUGUUCUUCGUCGCCAAUCUCGCAACAUUCACCACUUACCACUCCAUCACAGACGGCGAUUAUCUGGUCGCCUACGUCGGCUUCUUCGGUAUACUAUGGUCGUCCUGGUUCCAGGUCACCCUUCACGAUGUGCGCUUCGCCAGAGACUCGUUAUACGAGCGUUUUUGCAAGACGGUGCAGUUCAUUGUUUUUGUGGGACUGGCCCUAGUCGGGUCGUCCUUCAAUCCAGGCAAAGGUUCAAACGGGGGUAACAAGGCAAGCAAUACUAACUUCCGUAUCCUUUGCUACACCCUCGUCGUUAGCAGAGGCCUGUUGGCGAUCCAACAUAUGAUUGUUCUGUUCUACCUCGUGCGAGCGAGCUUCUCCAAGCUGUUCCUUCCGAUGGGCCUCAUGAUCUCUCUGUACCUAACUGCCGCCGGCGCUUUCGCUGCCAUGACACCCGCCUUCAAAGAAGGAGAUGAAUCACAUCGAGGCGUUUACGUUGUUUGGUAUGUAGUCAUGGUUGUAGAAGCUGCCGCAGUCAUAACCAUCUCGUCUGUGUGGAGAAUGUUAAGCUUCAAAAAGACGCAUUUGAUGGAGCGCAUGAGUUUGUUGACGUUGAUCGUCAUUGGAGAGGGUGCCAUUGGCGUAACGAAGACCGUCUCACGAUUGAUGGGCAAGUACGGCCUAGAUGUCGAGGGCUGCUUUCUCGUCAUGUGCAUCAUUGCGCUUUUGCAAGUCGCCCUAGCUCGUUACGUUAUCAAAAAUUGGGCCAAGAUCGAUACGUCUAUUGGCAAGUACUGCUUCACCGAGAACCUAGACGGCGCGAAACUUCGCGAUAAGCUCGUUGAGCUUCUGGACUAUUUUUACUUCACAAGCAAGACUGAGACGCAAGAAUUCCAGAAAAUAACCGAAGAGACCAUAUGGCAAAUCGGCAACACAACAGACAUAUGCUCCAAGUCGAACGCAACCGAGUACAUCAACAGCAAUUCAAUUCCCACACAGUUCUACAACAUGAGUAUAGACAUGUUCAAUGGUGUGUACGUCGGUCUCGGAAUGAAGCUACCAGCGGACAAACUCGACAAGCACACCGCAGCGGAGAUUGCCCUCAAGAGCUGGAAGCUGGUAUAUUUGUACUACUGGGUCUCGUUCUGCAUCCUGAUGGCUUGUUCUAUCGUCUUCCUACUCCUCAUCCGCCGCCACCGUCACGAUCUCUUCGACUUCGUUUCUAUCGGCUCGCGCAUCAUGAGCCUCGUCAUUGGAGCUAUCCUCUGCGCCAUGAUUUCCAACGAAAUCGGUCUAUACCAGUUUCUCGGCUCGCCUGCCGUCCUACCGGUUUGUCUCAGCCUCAUUUUCCUUGUCCUUUGCUUCGACAAGCUGAGCGCUGUUUUCUGCAACUGGCAUCUGCUUAAGAACGGCCAGCCGUAUGCGAAAGAGUACGACGAGCACGGUCAUCACGAGCACGGUCACGGCGAGGCGCAAGAGAACGCCGCGCAUACAUCGGGACAUGCACACCAUAACUCCGCCUUGCUUGAUCAUCGCAGGUCCGCGGCUUGGAGUAUACACGGCGAAAGCGAGGAUACCCAACCACUCACCAAACACGCGGCACAUAGAAGUACAGAAUAUUAUGGCGCGGAGCACGGGGGCUACCCAAUGGAGCCGUUGAUCAGUCCGCCGCUUGUCAGUCCGCCUCCCGUGACAGGACAUGGACAUGUGGCGGGAGGGUACAUGCCCGUGGGUAACAGCCAAAACUAUGGAGCCUGA